CUGAGAUGUGCAGUGGGAUGGCACUGCAGAUCAUUCUACUGGUACAGACAGUCGUCUGGGCUGCAGCACAGGCUCCACCAUGCAGAAUACUGGGGAGAGCAGCCAAGCCCAGCUUCUAUCAACAUGGAGACAUCAACAUCGGCGGAGUCUUCUCCUUACAUGGUCAAACCAGGGAAACAAGCAUGCAAUUCACAGGAACACCACAGCCCGUGGACUGUGUACGAGUUAAUUUCAGAGAAUAUCGACUAGCCCAAACCAUGAUCUUCACAAUUGAAGAAAUAAACAACAGAACUGACCUCCUCCCAGGUGUAUCGCUUGGAUAUAAGAUAUACGACCCAUGUGCUUCUUCACCGAUGUCAAUACGGUCAGCCAUGGCUUUAAUGAAUGGUUAUGAGAAAACACUGACCAGCACAUCAUGCUCCACACCAGCAGCAGUGCAGGCCAUCAUUGGAGAAUCUGGAUCUACUACCACUAUUGCAAUCGCUGCAACAGUUGGAUUAUUUCAUAUUCCAGUGAUCAGCCACUUUGCUACAUGUGCAUGUCUGAGUAACAGAAAAGAAUUCCCUACAUUCUUCAGAACCAUUCCCAGUGACUAUUACCAGAGCAGAGCACUGGCUCAGCUGGUGAAGCACUUUGGCUGGACCUGGAUAGGAGCAGUGAGAAGUGAUAAUGAAUAUGGCAACAACGGGAUGGCCACGUUUAUAAAAGCUGCUCAAGAGGAAGGGAUCUGCAUUGAGUAUUCUAAGAAAAUUCACCUAGCAGAAACAGAGAAAUUACUGAAGGUUGUAGAUGUUGUCAAAAGAGGUACUGCAAAGGUAAUUGUAGCAUUUGUUUCACAGCUAGACAUGAACAGCUUAUUGGAGCAGCUGAUCCUUCAGAAUAUCACAGGUCUCCAAAUGGUAGGCAGUGAGGCCUGGAUAACUGCACGCAAUCUGGCAACACCAACAAGUUUCAAAAUCCUGGGAGGGUCAGUUGGCUUUGCGGUCAGCAAAGCCAAAAUAAACGGCUUGAAGGAGUUUGUGUUGAAACUUCAUCCAUCCCAAAACCCAGACAACAAUGAUAUUGUAGACUUUUGGGAAACUGCUUUUCAAUGUUCUCUGACCAAUGGAGUAAAUUUACCCCCCUGUACUGGAUCUGAGAGUUUGAGUAAACUAGAAAACCAAUAUACUGAUGUUUCAGAGCUGAGAAUCUCCAACAAUGUUUACAAAGCAGUAUACGCUUUUGCUCAUUCUCUACAUGACCUGCUGGCAUGCGCACCCCAUCAAGGCUGUACAAACAGUGUGAAUACAGAGCCCUGGCAGGUGCUUGAGGCUCUGAAAAAAGUCAAUUUCACUUUAGGAACUGGGGAGCAGGUCUCCUUUGACAAUAAUGGAGACCCAGUAGCCAGAUAUGAGGUGGUGAACUGGCAGCUUGGUCCUGAUGGUGCAGUAAAGUUCAGGGCAGUUGGCAACUAUGAUGCUUCUUUACCACCUGGGCAGCAGUUUGUGAUGAGUCCUGUUACUAUGGUUUGGGCAGGUGGGCAAAAAGAGAAACCCAGGUCAGUGUGCAGUGAGAGCUGUCCCCCAGGCACUCGGAAGGCUGUCCAGAGAGGAAGGCCUGUCUGCUGCUAUGACUGUGUGCCCUGUGCUGAGGGAGAAAUCAGCAAUACCACAGAUUCUGACUGCAUUCAGUGUCAAGAAGCAUAUUGGUCCAAUUUCAAAAGAGAUCAAUGUGUUUUAAAGGCAGUUGAAUUUUUGUCCUUUCAUGAAAUCAUGGGAAUCGUUCUUGUCAUGUUUUCACUACUUGGAGCAUGUGUAACUGUACUUGUGGCUGUGCUGUUCUUCAUAAAGAAGGAUACACCCAUUGUGAAAGCCAACAACUCAGAGCUGAGCUUCCUGCUGCUCUUUUCAUUGAAACUGUGUUUCCUUUGCUCUCUUACCUUCAUCGGCCGGCCCUCUGAGUGGUCCUGUAUGCUGCGCCACACUGCGUUUGGGAUCACCUUUGUCCUCUGCAUCUCCUGUGUUUUGGGAAAAACAAUAGUGGUGUUAAUGGCCUUCAGGGCUACACUUCCAGGCAGUAAUGUGAUGAAGUGGUUUGGGCCUCCCCAGCAGAGACUGAGUGUUCUUGCUUUCGCCUUCAUACAGGUCCUUAUUUGUGUGCUUUGGUUAACAAUAUCCCCUCCAUUCCCCAACAAGAACAUGAAGCACUACAAAGAAAAGAUCAUUCUAGAAUGUGAUGUAGGAUCAACAGUGGGGUUCUGGGCUGUGCUGGGUUAUAUUGGUCUCCUCUCUAUAUUGUGCUUUGUUUUAGCUUUUCUGGCUCGUAAGCUGCCUGACAACUUCAAUGAAGCCAAAUUAAUCACAUUCAGCAUGCUCAUAUUCUGUGCAGUCUGGAUCACCUUUAUACCAGCUUAUGUCAGCUCACCUGGAAAGUUCACUGUAGCUGUGGAAGUAUUUGCCAUUCUGGCUUCCAGCUUUGGGUUGCUGUUCUGUAUUUUUGUUCCAAAAUGCUACAUUAUAUUGUUCAAACCCCAGCAAAAUACAAGGAAAUAUAGAAAGAGUAAAACCAAUGCCAAAACUCUUUGAUUGGCUGUUCUGUUUUCUGGUAAUAUGGUUUAAACACUGUGAGUAAUAAAUCACGACCAAAGAAUUAUGAAAUCACUGCUCAUGAGGGACAAUGCAACUUUAGAUGUCAGAUUAUUCAGAAAAAUAAACAAAUAAUAUAAUAACAAAACUGUAUCUGCCCACUGGUAGGUACAGGUGAAUACCGUUAGAAUUCCCCAUAUAGCAAUCCCUAAGUUUAUUUCUUUUAGCAGAGGCAAUAUAUCUCUCCACGUUGGAAUAAACUGUCUGACAAACAACAUCUCUACAUGGAGGAAAGGAAUAUUGUCAUUUGCUUAUAGUUUAUAGAAUGCAUUCAGUUUUCAUUUAAAAAAAAUUGAUUUUGAAACGUAUAAACUUCUAGAUGAACUUGGUCCUGUCUGUAUGUAAAGCUUAAAUUUUACUGAACAAGAAAAUCUAUGUUUCAAUUUAAUAUGAUGUAUGUAGCAUCUGUACAUUAUGAGGCUCAGACAUGGUUAAACUGACUUUUCAACUUAAUGAGGAGACCUGUAAAGGACAA